AACAAGACAAGGGUGCAUUACGCAUUUGCUUCGCGAAUUAGCCGACUUUAAACCAUUAUUGUGGACUCCAGCCGGUCGCCAGAGCGCCACGGUUGCCGCCAACGCCGAGCCUAGGUCUCCAGCCAACCGGGCCAUGUACGCCACCAACAAUGGCGGCACGAGCAAGGCGCCAAACAGCAGUGCCACCUCGAUGUUCGACAACACGAUCACAGUGACGCCCAUCAAGAUGGAGCUGGGCCAGGCGUACGCCAAGUCCCAGAAUCCUGCGGCGGCGGCGGCCAUGCAACGGCGAACUCCUAAUGCGGUGGUGGUCACCACCUCCUCCGCCGCCCAGCAGCAGCAUCAGCCGGGACAGGGGCAGCAGCAGCAGCAGCAACAACAGCAGCAGCAGCAGCAGGCGGUGCCCAUGGCCAGCUUAGUGUCCAAUACCUGCACAUUGGUGAAUCCCAGCAUGAGUGUGACGGUGGCCACCACCGGGAGCACCGCCAAGGAGAAGACCACGAAGACCACCCGGUCUCAGGUGGUCCGCAAGCCUCCGCCAACGAUCGAUAACUUCUGGCCGAAUAUUGUGAGCGAGGUGCACGGGAUCGGGCAGGUGGAUGCCAAGCACCAGGUACUCCCGCUGGCGCGCAUCAAGAAGAUCAUGAAGCUGGACGAGAAUGCCAAGAUGAUUGCCGGCGAGGCGCCGCUGCUGUUUGCCAAGGCCUGCGAGUACUUCAUCCAGGAGCUGACCAUGCACGCCUGGGUGCACACCGAGGAGAGCAGGCGGCGCACGCUUCAGCGCUCGGACAUUGCCCAGGCCAUCGCCAACUACGAUCAGUUCGACUUCCUCAUCGACAUUGUGCCGCGCGAGGAGAUCAAGCCGUCGUCGGCGCAAAAGGGCAAGGAUGGCAGCAGUUCCAGUUCGAGUGGAAUGGCGGGCUCGACCAGCAGUGCCGCCUCCACGUCCAACACAGCCACCUCCAAUGCGGCCGCCUCCGUGGCUGGCAAUGCUUCCGCCACGGGCACCUUUGUAGCCAGUGGAUCCUCCGUACCUGCGGCCACGGCUGGCGGCCUAAAGCUGGACACCACGGGCGCAGCCAACGCCGCCGAGGUGCUCGGCUUCAGCACCGUCAAUUCCGACAUCUUCUCAGCGCAACUGCAGCAACAACAGCAGCAGCAGCAACAUGCCGCCCAGCAGCAACAGCAACAACAACAGCAGCAACAUCACCAGGCGCAUCCACAGCAGGUCCAGAUUAUCCAGCAAGGUGCUGGUGGGCAACAGCUACAGUACUUCAUCGCACUGCCCGGCCAGCAGGCGGCGCAGCUCGUGCAGCAAGUGCAACAGCAACCGCAGCCCACCCAGAACCAUUUGCCCAACAGCCUGGGCAUCAACAUAGUGUCGGCCCAACAACCCACCCAGCAGUUGAUCCUGACUGCCGGCCCCAACGGCCAGCUGACCGCCACGCCAGCGCCACAAACGGCCGCCCAGCAGCAGACGGCCCUGCUCCAGAAUCUCGCCCAACAGCAACAGCAGCAUCAGCAACAACAGCAGCAGAUUCAGCUGCUCCAGCAAGUGGUGACGCCCACGGGGGAGCUGACCAAUGUUCCGAUCGCCAUCAAUGCCAACCAUUUGCAUCUCCUGCAGCGCCUGCAAAUGCAACAGCAGCAGCAACAACAGCAGCAGCAACAGCAGCAGCAGCAACAGCAGGUUAUCAUCCCCACCCAGCUGCUGACGGCGCAGCAGCUGCUCCAGUUGGGCGGAGCACCCACGGUGGCCCACCAGCAGCAGCAGGUGCAAGUGCAGCAACAACAACAGCAGCAAGUCCAGGUGCAGGUCCAGCAGCAGCAUGCCAAUCUCAGCCAGAACAACGCCAGCGCGGUGGCCAGUGGCACGCCGAUCUUCAUAAACUCGACCAUGACCAGUGCCCAGGCGGCGACGCAGGCGCAGCAGCAGGCGGCGCAACAGCAGCAUCAGCAGCAACAGCAGGCGCAAACGAUCUCCACCAUGUCCGCGGAUCGCACACUAACCGGCGGAUUUCGGUAAAAGCUGGAAGAAUUAAAUCAAAUCCGGACGGACAGACGGACAGUUGGCAAUCAUAUCGAAGCAUCGGGAGGCAUUGGAAUCGGGCAUUGGCAACGGGCAUUGAUUGCGCCAUCCCCUGUCAUCCAGCACAAUGUAUAAUAUUAUAGUUUAUGUAGGUGUAUACGAUUGUAUAUCGGAGGAGAUUAUAUAUAGCUAGUGUCUAAGACGUAGGCAUCUUUGUAGAAACGAUUUCUCAAUUGUAAUUUAUUGCUGACCCUCCCGCCCCCCUGGCUGCAGGUUUCACCUCCUCCAAACAAACACCGCCACCUCCACCACUUUUAAACCUAGCACUUAGAGAGAAUAAUGGGAAAACUAGUGUAUGACGCGGAUGCCACCGGUCCAAAGCAUAACCCAGCGUUUCGCGUGGCAUCCGCGGUUUAUUAUGUAUUUGUACUUCUAACUAAGCUAAGCUCUGACAAACAAUUAUAAGCCACCAAGGACUAUGUGCCAGAAA